CAAUAUUUAUAGAGAUUACAAGUGUAGUGCUGUGUUGUGUAUUGUAUGUGUAUGCCCAACAAAUUUCAAACCCACAAAGAUAAAGAAAAAACAAAAAAAAAGGAUACAGCCAUGGUGGAUGCUACGCCGGAGAUUCCCCGCUGGCUAUCGGCGCUACUGACGGAGAAGUUCUUCAACGCCUGUAUCGUCCAUGAAGACUCCAGAAAGAAUGAGAAGAACGUCUUCUGCUUGGAUUGCUCUGAAGGAAUCUGCCCUGAUUGCUUCGCCAAUCACAAUUCUCAUCGCCUCCUACAGAUAAGGAGGUACGUGUACCAUGAUGUUAUUAGGGUUGUCGACGCCGAUAAACUCAUGGAUUGUGCUCAAGUUCAGUCUUACACCACCAACAGUGCGAAGGUGGUGUUUCUGAACCAGAGGCCUCUGACGAGGCCGCCGAGAGCCUCCGGCAACGUCUGCAUCACCUGCGACCGGAACCUGCAGGAUUCAUACCUCUUCUGCUCCAUCUCCUGCAAGGUUCACCACAUACUCAGAAGUGGCGACAACCUCUCGGCGUACCUUCGCAAGUGUGAGUUCCUUGCCCUGCCGGACGACGGAGCAAUUCCGCCGGACUCCGGCGACUCUGGAUCCAGCGCCGGCGAGGUCAUGGACUGCCCGAAUCUUACUUGCACUGCGACCACCGAUGUUGUGAAGAAGAAACGGAGCAACUUACCAGCUUGCCGGUCUGGAUUCCGGCCGUCGUGCUGGCCGGCUUCCGAUAUGUCGGAGUCGAUUAUGAACCGGCGGAAGGGCACGCCGCACCGUUCCCCGAUGCACUGA